AUGGUCUCCAUCGGGCCCUACUACUAUCACCUUCGUAAUGAAAAGUUGAAAAUGGCCGAAGAUUGCAAGAGGAAGUGCUUCGGCUCCUUGCUGGCCAAGAACAUGGAUAAAGACAAACAGAUUGAUAUCUAUAAGCGCUGCUUGCAAAGAAUAGGCCAACUUGAAGAGGACAUCAGAAAGUGUUACUCUGAAGAGUUCGAAGUCACUGGUAUUGUAUUUCUCGAAAUGAUGGUUGUUGAUGCUUGUUUUAUACUAGAAAUAAUUGAAAUGUUUGCAUCCACGAAGACAGAAGUCGACUACAGCGAAUCUGAUCUUGGAGCCUUGGCGUGGAUGAUCCCUUUUUUCGUUCUGCAAGAGAUAUAUGCGCUUACCCAUGAUAUUUCUGUCGAGGGCAGUAGAUCCCAUGAUCUGAUAAUUACUGCUUUGAGAUUCUUUAAGAACGGAAUGAAAAAAUCCGGUUUUGCUAUUAUUUUCGGUUUCUUAAAUAAUUUCUUGGAUCUGAAUAAGGGGGCCGUCCUGCAUUUGCUGGACUGGAUUCGGAUAAGUUUAAUGCCAUCCAAUAUCCUAGAUCAGGCACCAUUCUCUGUAGAUGCUCCAUUCAUUCACUGCAUCUCGAAGCUCCGGCUAGCGGGGAUUAAGGUCAGUCCGGUCAUGGCGUUCAGCUUCCUACAAGUGAAAUUCAAGAGAGGUGUGAUUGAGAUGCCAAGCAUAGCCAUCGACGACUUUAUGAGAUGUCUGUUGCUGAACUGUGUGGCAUUCGAGCAGUGCCACCAGAGAAGCAAAAAGUACUUUUCGGUUUACGCUACUUUUUUGGACUGCCUGGUGAACACCAAGGAGGACGUCGAGUACCUUCGCGAGCGCAAUGUCAUUGACAAUUACCUUACUGACGACUCCGAGCUUGCUCAGUUAGGGCGCAAUAAAAGAUGA